UUCCUCCGAAGGUCCGUUCAACUCCAUUGCCUAACCUUUUGCAAUCCCUUUUUUAUUUUUUCCCUUUGUUUUUCAGUUAAUGCUUUAAGGGUGAAUAUGAAUUUGACAUCUAUUUAUUGAUUGGGGAACUGGUGGGAUGUUGGAAGGUUUACUCACUCUCUGUGUUUUGAUAUUGGUCUAGCUGCUUCUGAAAGUUGGAUUGGAUAUUCUUUUUUUGGCCAUUUCGCUUGGCCCCAACACCCACUAAAAGGUUCUGGGAUGUGGAUUUUUGAUGGACUGCAAUAAAGAAGAGGCCUUAAGGGCCAAGGAUAUUGCUGAAAAGAAGAUGGAAAACAGGGAUUUUGCGGGGGCUCGUAAAAUUGCUCUUAAGGCUCAGCAGCUGUACCCCGAUCUGGAAAAUAUUGCUCAAAUGCUUGUUGUUUGUGAUGUGCACUGCUGUGCUGAGAAGAAAUUGUAUGGUAGUGAAAUAGAUUGGUAUGAAAUUCUUCAGGUUGAACAGACAGCUGUUGAUGCACUAAUUAAGAAGCAAUAUAGAAAGUUCGCCCUCCAACUCCAUCCUGACAAAAACAAGUUUGCUGGUGCUGAAGCUGCAUUUAAGCUGAUUGGGGAAGCUCAAAGAGUACUUCUGGACCGUGAAAAACGUAAUGUUUUUGACAUGAAGCGUAGAGUUCCGAUGAACAAACCUGCUACAUCACAUUAUAAUACUACUGCGUGGAGGAAUGCUAAGUCCAACUUUACAAGCUCAACUUCUCAGCAGCAGCAGCAGCAAAAUGGUGCACGAGCUACAUUUUGGACAGUCUGCCCAUUUUGUUCUGUUAAGUAUCAAUAUUACAAAGAAAUUUUAGAUAAAUCUCUUCGCUGCCAACAUUGUAAAAGGCCCUUUGUUGCAUAUGAAGUGGGAAAACGAGGUACACCAUCUCCAGCAACUAAUUCAACUCAGCAAGCUUCUGACCCGCAGAAAGGUGGUUUGAAUCAUGGUGCUUUCAAAGUAGGUGCUGAAUCUCAAAGCAAUUCACAUGCUGAGAAGUCCAAUAUAAGGUCAUCCCCGGCAACUAAUUCAACCCAACAGAGAGGCGGUUUGAAUCAUGGUGCUUUUAAGGUAGGUGUUGGAUCUCAAAGCAAUUCACAUGCUGAGAAGUCCAAUAUAGGGUCAUCUGUUAAAAUGGCACCUGCUAGUGUUUCUCGAAAGAGAAAAAGGAAGCAGGUGGCAGAAUCCAGUGAAAGUUCUGAUCCUUUGAUCCACAGUGAUUCUGAAGAAGAUAGAGUUGCUGGAAAGGAUGGUUAUUCCAGUGUAGAAAACAAUUCAACUACUAGAGAAGGGCAUCUACGGAGAUCUACCCGGAAAAGGCAUCAGGUCUCCUACAAGGAGCAUUUGAACAACAUUGAUGAUGGUUUCUCUGAAAGAUGCGGUGAUGGUGACGGUCAUGGUGAGAAAAGUAAAAUGAAUGACCAUAAUGGUUUAGCUGCUGCGCACAAAGAAGUAAAUCAGAAACAGCAUGCUGCUGCUCACAAAGAAGUAAAUCAGAAACAGCAUGCUACUGCUCCCAAAGAAGUAAAUGCUGCUGCUCACAAAGAAGUAAAUCAGAAAAAGCACCUGUAUUCGGGAAGAAAUGAGGAAACUAACACAUUUAAGGGAAAAGAUAAAGGAAAAGAUGUGGUGGGAGGGGCAAAGCAGGUGGAUGAAACCUCAGAGCAUCCUCCAGGUUCAACCUCCAAAGUAUCAAAUCAACCAAAUGUUUAUGCCUUCCCUGAUGCAGAGUUCAGUGAUUUUGAGAAGGACAAGAGAAAAGAAUGUUUUGCUGCUGGGCAGAUUUGGGCUGUUUAUGACACAGCAGAAGGUAUGCCUAGGUUCUAUGCUUUAAUCAGGAAAGUUCUAUCUCCUGGAUUCAAACUGCAGUUAACAUGGUUCGAACCACAUCCGGGCUGGAAGGAUGAAAUCAACUGGGUGAACGAGGAAUUGCCUGUUUCUUGUGGGAAAUAUAAACUUGGCGACACUGACGUCACGGAAGAUCAUCUGAUGUUUUCUCAUCUGGUUUUGUGUGAAAAAAUUAGCCGUACUUCUUUUAAAGUGUAUCCUAGAAAGGGAGAAACUUGGGCCCUUUUUAAAAAUUGGGAUAUUAAUUGGUACAUAGAUGCGAAAUCUCACCAGCCGUAUGAAUAUGAGUUUGUUGAAAUCUUGACAGAUUAUGUUGAAGAUGAGGGUGUAUAUGUUGUUUUCUUGACUAAGUUGAAAGGUUUUGUAAGUAUCUUCCUUCAAAAUAUAAAGGAAUCUAAAAGUUCAUUUCAAAUUCCACCACUGGAGUUAUUUAGAUUCUCUCACAGGGUUCCAUCUUUCAAAAUGACCGGUGUGGAAAGGGCUGGUGUACCCUCAGGAUCUUAUGAACUUGAUCCCGGAGCUUUACCAGAACAUUUUGCAGAGAUGGUUGGUCAUGGCUCAUCUGUCUGUGAGAAUACAGGCACUUCGGAUAGAUCAGAAUCCCUGAUGUCUGAGGGAGGUAGGUCCACUCCCGAUGUUAAUGGCAACACUGAUUGUUGUGCUCCUCUGGCACCAGAAACAAUUGAAAUUCCAGAUACCCAUUUCUUUAAUUUUGACGCUGGGAGAUCCCUUGAGAAGUUUCAGAUUGGUCAAAUUUGGGCAUUUUACAGUGACGAGGAUGGAUUGCCUAAAUAUUACGGUCGUAUUAAUAAGAUUGUGACUAGUCCUGAUCUUGAAUUGCACGUUUCCUGGCUUACUUGCUACCGGCUACCAGAGAAUGCCACUGAAUGGGAGGACAAAGAUAUGGGUGUGCUUAUUUCAUGCGGUCGAUAUAAAGUUAAGAAAACAGAUGAGUUUCUCAGUAUUUUUAGUACCACCUCUUCCGUUUCACAUCAAGUGCAUGCUGAAUCUGUUGGAAAGAGUACAAGAUAUGCGAUCUUUCCGAGGAAAGGUGAAGUUUGGGCGUUAUAUAGAAAAUGGACAAAUAAAAUGAAGUCUUCUGAGUUGAAAAAUUGGGAGUAUGACAUAGUGGAAGUCAUCGAAGAAACUGGUUUGUUCAUUAAUGUUUUAGUUCUGGAGUUUGUUAGUGGGUUUAGUUCCGUUUUCAAGGGCAAAUCAAAUGAAGGAUCAUCUGUCAAGCUGAGAAUACCAAGAAAAGAGUUGCUUAGGUUCUCCCACCAAAUCCCAGCUUUCAAACUGACAGAAGAGCAUGGCCAUCUGAGAGAUUUCUGGGAACUUGAUCCCGGUGCGCUACCAACACAUUAUUAUGGCUCUAGAUGAAAGAUCGUGGGUGAUUGAAAAAGUGGAAACUGUUUUCUUUUAAUUAGAUUAGAUAAACCUAGUGCAGUAGGGUAUGAUAUGACGCACCGUUAAGAUGUGUGGUAACAUUUUGUUAUUGUUAGUGAGUUGUUAGUGGUAGGCUGCGAAUGACUAACAAGUGAGGUUUACCAAAGAACUCAAAGAACUUACUUCAUAUCGGUACACUCUCUUUUUCUUUACAUGUAGAAGUCAUGCCAUCUUUUCUUCAUCCCUAAGUUAGAUGUCUUUUUAGCUGCAGAAGAAUCACAUUCUGCCUUGUAUGUAUGUCACUGAAUUUCCUAAGGUACUAUGGAGGAACUUACAGCCAUGGGCAUUGCAAAUAUAACACUUAUCUCCUUCCCUGUC